CUUGGGGAUGACAGGAGUGCUGCUGCUGCAGGAUCGUGAGGAAGGGAAGUGUCGCCCUCUAACCGGCUGGAAUUACUUUGAACUAUCUUCCCAUCCAGUUUUUGGACCGAGCAUCUUUCCUUCCCAACCAACGCGGCUCAGAAGACCUUGAGUCAUGUCGGAGGACCUGAGCUCCCAGCCCUGGUCCAUCAACAAAGACGACUAUGAGCUCCAGGAGGUUAUCGGCAGCGGAGCCACGGCUGUGGUGCAGGCAGCGUACUGUUUACCUCGCAAGGAGAAGGUGGCCAUAAAACGCAUUAACCUGGAGAAAUGCCAGACCAGUAUGGACGAGCUCUUGAAAGAGAUCCAGGCGAUGAGCCAGUGCCACCACCCCAACAUUGUGUCGUACUACACCUCGUUCGUAGUGAAGGAUGAGCUGUGGCUGGUGAUGAGGCUGCUAAGCGGGGGGUCCAUGCUGGAUGUGAUCAAGCACAUCAUCUCUCGCGGGGAGCACAAGACGGGUGUCCUGGACGAGGCCAGCAUCGCCACCAUGCUGAAGGAGGUGCUGCUGGGGCUGGAGUACGUGCACAAGAACGGACAGAUCCACAGGGACUUGAAGGCGGGCAACAUUCUGCUGGGAGAAGAUGGCUCUGUGCAGAUCGCAGACUUCGGCGUCAGUGCCUUCCUGGCGACUGGCGGGGACAUCACCAGGAAUAAGGUGCGCAAGACUUUCGUGGGAACGCCGUGCUGGAUGGCCCCCGAGGUCAUGGAGCAGGUCAGGGGUUACGACUUUAAAGCAGACAUCUGGAGCUUCGGCAUCACAGCCAUCGAGCUCGCCACCGGCGCCGCACCCUAUCACAAGUACCCGCCCAUGAAGGUGCUGAUGUUGACCCUGCAGAACGACCCCCCCGGUCUUGAGACGGGCAUCGCAGACAAGGAGAUGGUGAAGAAAUACGGAAAAUCCUUCAGGAAGAUGAUCUCCCUAUGUCUUCAGAAGGAGCCAGAGAAAAGGCCUACAUCCGCAGAGCUGCUGAAGAACAAGUUUUUCCAGAAAGCAAAGAACAACGAAUACUUGCAGGAGAGGUUACUUCAAAGAGCGCCAACAAUAACAGAGAGGUCGAAAAAGGUGCGGCGGGUCCCUGGUUCCAGCGGGAGGCUCCACAAGACGGAGGACGGCGAGUGGGAGUGGAGCGACGAGGAGCUGGAUGUGGAGAGCGAGGAGGGCAAGGCCGCCGUCGCCGCCUUGAGGGAGCAGCAGUCGAAGGCUGUUUGCGCGCCCAGGCGACAAUCGCCCAGAGUGAAGGAGGGAUCCGAAAGUUCUGAGGACUUUGUGGCUACGGAGGCCUCAAGUAGUCAUCUCCAGCCCCCGGCCGCGGGUCAGCCCCAGCUACCUCAUGCAGCAGGCCAGGCUCUGCUGCAGCCCACACAGCCCAACUCCCAACCCACUACCCAGGCUGCAGGCCCCGGCCUUCCCACUGCUGCUUUGUCUGCUCAGAUCCUAACAUCAACAAGUGAUCCUAAGGCCCCCAUCAGCCUGGUGUUACGGUUAAGAAAUUUAAAGAAGGAACUAAAUGACAUCCGCUUUGAAUUCAUGCCAGGACGAGACACGGCUGACGGCGUCUCUCAGGAGUUGGUCUCCGCAGGCCUUGUUGACGGCAGGGAUUUAGUUAUAGUUGCUGCUAAUUUGCAAAAAAUUGUGGAUGAGCCUCAGUCGAACCGAAAUGUGACCUUCAAAUUGGCCUCUGGGGUGGAGGCCAGUGAAAUACCAGACGACGUCAAGCUGAUGGGCUUCGCUCAGCUCAGUAUUAGUUAAACAAAUGGGACUUGCCUAAAAGAAUGUAAAAAAAAUAAAUCAUAUGCAUUUUUGUUUAAUUCUCUGGCCGUAAAGAAACCACUACUGCCAACGAAGAGAGGCAGCAUGCCUGCCAGCGGGGGCCAGGACACCGCAGCGGACUAUAACAGUAACAGGGUUUACAGUAUAUAUGUAGGAUGAAGUAUCUGACGUCUUUAACGUCCAUGCUCUCUGCUCUCCCGCUCUUACUCUGUGUCAUGUUCUGCAUCUUCCCCAUCUGAAGCACUAAAACCUGCUCCCUGUAACAAGGCCUUAUCUAUAUCACAUCUGAAGCCCUUAAACCUGCUCCCUGUAACAAGGCCUUAUCUUCAUCACAUCUGAAGCCCUUAAACCUGCUCCCUGUAACAAGGCCUUAUCUUCAUCUCAGCUGCUGAACGGGUCCCUCGCCUCCCCACAAAACCACAUGAAAGUGGUUUAUAUUGCUGAUGUUUUAGUUUAUUUGUUCUUUUUUUCUAUUUUCUUUUGGUUGGAGGGGGACUCAAUCAGAAGCCAGCCUGAUGUGGAACCGUUACAAAAAGCAACGCGGGUCGCCCACAUCGUCACGUCGCGCAACAGUCAACUGAUAAAUAAUGACUCACUAAAACCUUCACAUAAGCCAAAACAACUUCAAUACAGCAUUGCUUUACCCCUUAAGGCCGUGUUCACAUCUAGCGAUUUUUGUAAUAGGGAAAGGUUGAUCCGACCGUUUUUUCAAAAAAAGAAGAAGCUGGCAGCGUUUUUUUGUCCUAAAAGCACUGGGAGCGUUUUUUUUAUCGCUUAGGAACCAAUUCUAGACCCGACAUUACCCGCCUACUACGUAUCCCGGCUAGAGCCCAUUAGACAUGUCAUAGAUCUCGACAUGUUCUGUAAUUAAAACUAUUAAUCGCUCCACCGGCACUUUCCCCGAGUGAUUUGUCCGCCAUUGUUUCUUGUUUUGACAGUGAGUUUCCUCUCACUGUGUCAAUGUUCCGCUUUUGAUUGGUCAGUUGCCAAAAAGACCCCUGACGUCGGCCGCUUUCUUCCUGAAAGUUGAACUUUUUUCAACGCUCCGUAUGGAAGAAAAAAACGCUGGGAGAGGCGUUUAAAAAAACGGCUGUGACUUUUUCCAGAAACGCUCUGCUCCAUAGGAAUAUAAUGUAAAACAAGCGCUGGCAAAUUUAAAAAAAACGCUAGAUGUGAACACGGCCUAACCCGUCAUGGCUGUAUUGGCAUGUCACCUGCUGCUAGAGCUGCUGAAGUGGAGCCAAGGAGCGCUAGUCCGGCUGGAUCCAGUCAAUGUGGGUUUAAACGUUGUAGUUUUAUCCGCGCCAAGUGGACGACUGAUUGUUCAGUUACAAAAGUGAAACCGUCAGGGAUGAUGUAAGAAUAUGUAAGAAUAAUAUUUACUUUUAUUUUGGUUUUCUUUUCCGAUUGGUGGUGUCCUAGUAGUGCAUAUAAAACCUAUAACUAAUUGAUCUAAUGUCAUCUCUGAAGGCCUACAUCAAACCUAUUUUUCCUUCCUUUGUGUUUUGUUUUAAUGGAGGGUAGCAUUCCGGCCUUGUGUACCAAAUCACUGUUAGGACUUUCCAUAAAAGUGAAUAUAUUAAAGUUUGUAAAUUAAUGUUUUUCACCAACAUCACUGGAAGCCACAAGUGUUGUAUGAGCAAAUAUGUGUACUGUUUGUCUGUCGGUGUAUUAUGCGAUUUCUCUGUUUGGAAUCUAAUUCUCAAAGACUUUAAAGUGCAUAUUUGCUUAUUUGGAAGAACAAUUCGUACUUAACUUAACUUCUAGUACGUAAAUAAGACCAUAUGGCUUUGAUUUGUUUUUAUAUCUUGAUAUUUCAUUUUUUCUUCUCUUUUCUGUCCUAUGAGAAGAUUUGGGAUUGUAGCGGGGGAAAGGAAAACGACAGGAAAGGAAAUGUAAUGUUUAAUUCUUCUGUUUUUGCAAUCCACACCGUUGGUAUGUUUCAAAUGUGGCUUAUUCACGCAGGUUCGAAGUCCUAUGCUUGAACACAUUACGCUGGGAUUCAGCCGUUGUCGGGCAACAAUACAAGGCCUGUCCAGGUCACUUUCUUUAAUCCUGAGCUAAGUCAAUAAAGAGUUCUCACACUCAUUUAAGAUUUCAAAAUGGCUGCUUAUUAUAACACAUCCCGUGUCACGAGUUUGUGGGUCACUUCAUCUUAAAGAUGUCUUUUAAUACACAGAACCAUGUCACCAAGAUGUGCGUUAAUACAACCCACUGGCAUUGACCUCCAUAGGAAAUAUGUAUUACCUAUUGGUAAUAUUAUAGGUAAAAGUAUGACCUAUGGAUCUGUGUGUCUUAAGACCAACUCAAAUUUGUGAGGACUGAAAGAAGAUGCUGAGUAUCUCAUACCCCAGCCUUCUGCCAUGUUUCAUUUCUUGGUGUUGAGGUUUCAGUUGAGACCUUCCUCUCCUGGUGAUUUUUGUCUCUUUAAGAGGUGUGGUCAAAUGGCAGGUUUUCCCCUAACGUACAGCAAGGAGCAGAGCAUCUAGCUAAUAUUAAAGGUUCAAACACGCAGCAUUGAUGCCAUUGCCUGUAGUCGAACGGGCAUGGAUUUGGAUUUGUCAAACCAGUGUUGGCCAGACUGUACCCCUGAGGAAUCCUUGACACUUCACCCCUCUCUCAAACAUAACCUGCUGGGUCUUUAUCUCAUGCUGAUCAAACUGAGGACACUCAGACACGGGUUUCUUCUUUUUUUUUUUUUUUUGUGUUCAACUCAGUAGUAUCACCACACUGAUGUAUUUACACUAUCCACUCAUUUUCAGUUUUCCAUGCUUGGUUCUUAUAGAUUAUUUGAGAGUUGACUGCAUGUUUGAUUCAUUGUUUCAAUCAAUAAAGAAUGAACAUAUCCAAACAGAUUUGACUGGUUGCCA